AUGACAGCUCACCUGUUUCUCUCAGGCACAAAGUACCAAUGGGACAAUCCCAGGGAGGUGGGCUCUAAAGUGACUGAUGAGUCUGAUGGCAGCUUUUACUAUCGAGGACCAGGCUCUGGAAAAAGUACCUUCAUCACCCACAGCAGGCUAAAGAGCAGGAACUUCAUCAAAGGAGACGAUGCCUUCUUCCUCUUCAGUCUGGAAGACAUAUCAGGUCUACUGGUAUCUCAGCCUCUUCCCCGCUCUGCAGUCCAUGCUGAUUCCAGUCUGAUGAAGGCUGCAGACCAAGGUGCUCCACAAGGAGCUGCUAAUAACCCCACAGUGGUCAUAGCGAUGGCAGCGUCUGCGGCAGCAGCCAUGUUGGUGGUGUUCAUGCUGAUCGUAGUGAACGCCUGGAGGGUGAGGAAGAGACGGCAGGAGAGUGAUGAGGUGUUGAUCACAAAGAACAUGCCUGGAUUCAUGGAAGAGAGAACAUCUCUUCUCAUCACUCCAUGAUGUCCCGAUCAAAGAAAAAAAAUCAGCACUUACUAGAAGAGAGAGGGCAUUACCAAAUGAUCUCUAUAAUCAGAGUGUCACCUGAAUCCUUUUCUUGUAUAAUCUGAAUUUG